AUGACUACCGCUAGGGCUCUGUUGUUUGGCCUCCUGGCCGCAGCCGCCUCCGCAAUUCCCAUGCAACGACGGGCCAGCGCGCCUUCGUUCUCCAGUAUCGUAGUAUUCGGGGAUUCGUUUAGCGAUAAUGGCAACGGCGCCGCGAGAGUGUCGAAUGGAACCUGGCCAUCAGACAAAUACUACAAAGGGCGCUUCUCGAACGGCAUCGUCUGGGCCGAGUAUGUGGCAGGCAAUCUAUCCAUCCCGCUCUACGAUUAUGCCAUAGGCGGAGCGACGACUUCCAAUUCCCUCAUCCAGGGGUACACCGGGCCGAAGAGCUCGAUUGCAGUGCCAUCGGUCGUCGAUCAAAUCGUCACAUUCUUGGGACAGAAGACUCCUCAAGGCGACAGCUUUUCGGCUUCUGAUUCGACUGCGGUUACGACGCCGCUCUUCGUGGUGUUUGCGGGCGCCAACGAUAUCCUGUUCAAUGCCAACAUCAGUGCUUCUCAGUCAUACCAAGUCCUGGCACAAGCGGAAGCAGAGCUCCGGGACGCACAUCCCACAGCCGAGGUCCUCACGAUCACACCGCCAGACCUCGCGAGGUUACCGUAUGGAUUCUUCAUAGACAACAUAGCCAAACAGCAGCUGCAGACCUACACGGAUCUUCUGGGGGAUUUGUUGGACGGCUCGAAGACAGGGGCGGUAAACGUUGACCUGCGACCUCUCUUCGACGACUUCGAGUACUAUGCCACUCCCGAGGCCUACGGCUUCGCGGAUCUGGGGAAGUAUGGAAGUUGUCUAGUUGGAGCGUAUGGCGAGACGCCGAAUGUGACGAUCUGCGGGGACGCCGAGAAGCAGGUCUACUGGGACGAAUAUCAGUGA